UAUACUAGAUGGCUCUUCAUCAUUACCAUAUCACGUUAUAAGUGGGCCCUAGUCUACGAAAAUAAUUUUAGUUAAGUUUUGAUAUGGAAUUAGUAAUCCAUCUUAGUUUCAUGUAUAGCUUUAUAGUUUUCUUUACGUUUAUCUCAUCUUCCAGCAGUCUUUACUUCCAUAUCGCUGAAACGGAAAGAAAGUGUUUCAUAGAAGAAAUUCCUGAUGAUACAUUAGUUGUUGGGAACUACAAGUGUCAGCUUUUUGACCCCAGAACUGGGGGAUUUAUGCCUUCAAGUCCAGGAAUAGGCAUGUAUGUUGAAGUCAGAAAUCCAAGUGACAAGGUGAUUUUGUCUCGUGUAUACAGCUCUGAAGGCCGAUUUACUUUCACGUCUAGUUCUCCAGGUGAACAUGUGAUUUGUCUGUACUCUAAUUCGAGUAAAUGGUUCAGUGGAACACAGUUGAGAGUUCAUCUGGAUAUUCAGGUUGGUGAGCAUGCUAUAGAUUAUAGGAAUGUUGCACAAAAAGAAAAGUUAACAGAGUUGCAGUUGAGAGUUCGUCAGUUACUUGACCAGGUUGAGCAAAUCUCUAGAGAGCAGAAUUACCAACGGUAUCGUGAGGAAAGAUUUCGUCAAACCAGUGAGAGUACAAACCAACGUGUUUUGUGGUGGGCUGUGGCUCAAACAUUUUUUCUCCUAGUCAUGGGUUUCUGGCAGAUGAGGCAUUUAAAGAGUUUCUUUGAGGCCAAGAAACUUGUUUGAAGAAAUCAACACUUAAUGUCUUUGUUUUUGUAUGUGUAUGACUGGGUCAUAACAGCAAACAAGCUACCAGUUAUUUUUGGAAUGUGUAAUACUGUACAUUACCUGAAGAAUCAAUGUUAAUUGAUUAAUUGGUGUCACUGAAAGGCAGAUGCCUGCUGUGAAUGUUUUUGAAUUGAUUUUAAGUUUUUAUUAAAAUACUAAAAUUAUUCAAAUUAUUUCAGUAAGCUAAAAACUGUGUAACUCUUUCAACAAUAUAGUUAUUACUGACAUGAGAUAAAACUUUCAUAAAUAGGGUUUGCAUGUUCAAGAUUAUAAAUGGCACAUUUUUUCACAUUAAGUUUGGCUCAUCUACGGAAGAGUACUUGGGUUGCAUGAAGAAAAGUAUGGUUUAUUCUGUGUGCACUAAGAACAAGGAUGCUUUAUGCCUUUAAUUUCAGUGUUGAAAAAAAAAUGAUUAACUUAGAAUCUUGAGUAGUAUAUUUUGCCCCACAAAUGUUUAGCUCUAACACAUACAUUUUUUGUAACUGCACAAAUAUUGGAUUUAAAUAUCUGUUUCUGUUGUCUUCAUUAAAAAUAUUUGAAUUAAUGAACAUUGAGAAGCUUCAAAUAUGCUUUCAGUUAUUUGAUACUUUUGUGAGUUGAAAAAUUGAUAAAUCCAUUGCUAUAAAAAUCUGAAAAUAUAAAUUUUACAGCUGAUGUGUAUAUUUUAUUCAACAUACCUGAACAUUCUCUGUUGCUUUAUUACACUAAUGUUUUACAUAAAAUGGAUAAGUUGAGUGGAGAAAAAAUUACUAAUUAAGCACAAUGGCAGAAUACCAGAAACAUACCAUCAUAUGGAUGGAAGUAAAUGAUAUAAAAUUUACACAGCCAUUUUAAAGUGCAUAACACCAUAUUUACUGUUUGAAUAAAACAAGUAUGUAUAAUACUUGCUUUUGCUUUUUUUCUACUGAUUUUAGGGUUUAUUUUGUAAAAUCAUAUGAUGCAACAAAUUCAUUGGGACAUUUGCAAAACUCUUCAAACCUCAUUUACACAUGCUUGUGAAACACAGAUUAGAAAAAGAAAGCUCAUCAAAAACAGUUUAUAGUUGAUAUCAGAUUUAUCUUAAUACAAUAUAAGAGUGUACUAGACUAAAUUUUGUAGUACUUGAUUAAGAAAGUUUUAAUGGAAUUGGUUUAUAGUGCUAUACAAUGGUCAUGUACAAGGCUUAAUUCAGAAAUUUAGGUUGGGAGAUUUGUAGACCUCAAAUUAAAUUCCCACAAAGUUUGUCCAUUCCAUGGCUUAAGUAUACCACCUGUGCUGUUAUGUUAUCCAUUACUUAUGUUAUGUACUUAGAAAAAGAUUUAGAUGAUUUUAUAUUAUGAAAGAUUUUACAAAUACUUAGUUAAAAUUCAACAAUAAAGGAAUCUUUUUAAUAAUCCUUACAGUGCAAAAAAUAAAAGCUGUAAGUUUAAGUUAAAACAGGGUUAAGGGAAAGGUGUAAACAAAAUUAGUUUAAGUCUGUGGAAGUAUCUCAAAAUACAUUAAAAAAAUAAUAGAUAACUUUAUUAAUAAUAGUAAGUAAGAAAUAGUAGAUCUAUAAAUAUAUGUUACUGGGUUUGUUCCAUAUUACUCAAAAUUACCAAGUACAUUGGAUUUAGUUCUGUAAAUAUUUAAUAUGUUCAACUUCCAAUUUAUUAUAUGUGGAACUCGUGGAAUGUGCCCAAAGAACUUUAAACUGAGUCAGUGCUAGUACUAACUGAUUAUCAGAAUGAUCUGUAUGUGACACACACACAUCUGUAUCAUAUUCAUAAUUUAAAACUACCCUUGUCAGUUAUUUUCCAUGUUAUACAAGAAAUAUUUUUUUUUUGCUAUUAAUUUGUUCCAUGGUCUUUCAUGUCCAAACCUUGUUCAAUAAAUCACUUGUCCUCCCCAGUUCUGACAUGAAUGACUUCGAUUCUCCAUUGUUCUCAGUUCUGCACUGCCUGCAUCAAAUAUCCUAAUUCGAAGCUUCUCAUUUCCAAUUCAUUUUAUAAUGACUUCAAGUUUGAAGAAAGCUUUUCUUUCAGUUUUACCAAUCAGAAGUUCUACCAACCUACUUUCAAAUGUAAUCUUCUGUUUCUUAUAUAUGUUCAGCAGUUGUCUUUUAGUCUUCAGCAUAUUUUUUUUUUCUAUGUAGCUGAUCAUCAUUUGUUUAUAACAUCACAUUUUGAUUUGACGAAAAUUUAUUUUACAGAGAUUUUGCUCAUGUUUGAGAUUCAGACUUAGCUGAAAUGUAAGUAUGAGAAUUUUAUAGAUUCUGUUUAGAGAUUUUGAUUAACUUCUUCAACUUGGAAUAAACUUAAGAAAUUUGA